AUGGCGCUCUGUAUCUCGUGUGAGAACAUCCAGCUGCCGAUCGUCACAAACGGCCAGGCAGCAGACGGCCACGAGCUGCACCGCAGCGUGGCCAAGCUUACGGCAUCCGCAAGAACCUGCAGGCUAUGUGCGCUGUUUCUGGAUGCCAUAUCGGGAACCAGGCUCAAGGGCAUUCGACAUGACGCAGUCAGGCUCUUCCCGUGGGCUUCCGAUGCAGCAGGAGAUCCGGUCGGACUGUCGCGCGUGUUUGUGCGUGUUGGCGACAAGGUCGGUCGCUUUGUGAAUGUACAUGCCGAGCCAGACAGUGCUGCCGCGAGAGCUGGAUUCGCGAUUGGGCGGCCGAUGUCAGCGCAGUGCGACUUUGAGCUUUUGCAGCAGUGGUUAUCGAACUGUUGCACCAACCACUCGUGCUCAAUCGGUAGGCCGCCCGAAGGACUGCCCGCUCGGUUCAUCAAGAUAAACAACGAGGGCAUGGUUCCUGAGCUGCACCUGGUCUCAUCUCGGGAUGUCUCGAGUCGCUACGCUGCCCUCAGCUACUGCUGGGGUGGGAACUUCACAGGCAUCAAGACGACCAAGGCGACCCUCGAGCAACAUCAUACUUAUAUCGAGCCCUCUCGGCUCCCGAAGACGAUACGAGAUGCAACUCAAAUCACAAGAGCGCUUGGUAUUGAGUAUCUAUGGGUCGAUAGCCUAUGCAUCGUCCAAGAUGACCAAGAAGACUGGGCCGCCGAGUCCAAGCGGAUGGCGGCACUAUAUCAGUCAGCUGUCGUUACGCUUGUUGCGACUGCUGCGAAAGAUGCCAAUCAGGGUUGCUUGUUCCCCAGAAAUGUGACGCGCGACAGCGUCGACGUGCAGCUUUCGGUAGAUAUGGCCAGAGAUACGUCCAAGGUCACGUUCACCAACCACACCGGCUCGAUCGCCGAUGACUUCCUCGAGAGCCCCUGGAACAAGAGAGCAUGGUGUCUCCAGGAGUACGUCCUGUCGCCCCGGAUGCUGCAUUUCUUCGAGAACCGCAUCGUCUGGCAGUGCCGGGGGACGCUCUCUGCAGAAGACUUCGUGGAGCUCCGCCGAAGCGCAGGCGCAGGCGCAGGCGCAGACUUCCGCGUGCAGCACAUCUUGACCACCCCGUCAUCCUACUUCUCCCUACGGCCUCCUGCAGAUCUUGAGACCUGGUUCAGGCUCGUGGAGUACUCUCCACGAGGAGCUUGA